AGUUUUUUUAACAUUACUAAAAGAAAUGUCCUACGAAAUAUUUUAUUUUGUUCUUAUCUUCAGUCCCGUAUUAUCAAGACAUAUAGUGCCGCGAUAUUCAGAUUUGGACGACGAAGAGCAACAUUUAUUCCGUGCUGCAUAUGACACCCCAGCAUAUAAUAACGACGAAUACCAGUACUCCGAGGACCUCCCUCUUGGCAAGCUGGAUCUCAUGAAGGACGGCGUGUGGGCUCUGAAAGCUAAGAUCAAGGAACUAAAAGCAUUCGAUAAAGCACUGGCUGCGAAUAUGCUAGAUACCAGACUAAAAGUGAAAGAUCUUCUGGAGAAUCAUUUAAAACCAUUAAAAAAUCAUCAUCACGAUACGUACGACAAAAAGAAACCGUAUGUAUACCAGGCCUCAUACCCACAAUACGAGCCGGUGUAUCCGCCGGCGCCGCACUAUAUUGCGCCCCAGUACCCCGCUCCUGUUCAGCACUACGGAGGUCAGCAAUACGAACACGACCCUUAUUACGGACAUUAAUUUUCACAUAAUCAGUACCAUUAAAACGC